GGUAUAUUAUUUCUGGGUCAUCACCCCCCCGAUGGGAGGACAACACCUGUCUGGUGACUUCUGUUGUUAAGCACAGCCAGGUGGGGACAAUAACUACAUAACGGAAUUAUGUAAAAUAUCACAUGUCACGUUUCAGUUUUGAUAGUCGUAAUUAUAUGAGGCGCUGUCAGCGCGUAUGUGGUUCAUGUAGUAGUAGGACACUGGUGUCAACCACUAGAGCCUACCGUUUCAUGAAGAUAUUGAUGAUGUAGGAGCUGCUGGUUUAUGAAAGACGUUUUUUUGGUGCUCAAUGUAAGCCUCCUCCAGGAUGCAUUUUUUUUGCAUGCGUGUGAACCUGAACCAUCACAACGCCUCUCAACGCCUCAGAGCUGCAAGGGUGUUAUGACACUUUUGGGGUUGUGUGGGUUUUUGGGAUCCUUCAGGGGCGCAGUGAUGGUUGAGCUCAGCUGCCCCAGUGCAUUGUGGGGGAGAGAGGGUGUGAAGGUACUCGCGCUCUAUUCGCUCCUAGCAGUCGUACACACAUCCCAUGCGCAGCCUCCCCUCCCUCUCUCCCUCCCGGCCAAAAUCGUUGUCCCCCCUCCCUGGCACUCUCUGCCCCUGUUGCAGGCUGAUCUGGGCUCACUGUUCUCCAACUCCAGCCCCUUCGCCUUCUCCCAGUCCCUGCUCAUGAUGCCUCCGGCUGGGGAAGCCUCCAAAGCGGGGGUCCGGGCUUCAUUCGGGCCUUACUCUGUCAGCCAGCUGGUCUCUGGGCCCAUCCUCCCCCUCUCCCCUCCUCUGUCUGCGUCUCUCCUCUCUAAACACGUGGAGCGAGAGAGGGAUGAAGGAGGAAAGGAGAGGUACAGGGUGCGGGUGUUGUUCCACGUACGAGGGGACACCAGCAGGGGGAGCUGUAUCACCCUCCACGCCUUCAAAGAGACCGAGGAGCAGAAAGCUUCGUGUGUCACACAGCCUCCAUUGGGUCUGUGUGUGGUGACCCUGGCCCUACCUAAGGACUGGUUUGAGGCGGACCAGACCACCCAGCCCUACCUCGGCCCCAACCAGCGUGCCAGACACACACACCGACACCGCAGCCGUAAUCGGGGACGACGGCACGAGGGUGUUGUCGUCGGUGGAGCUGGUGGCAUCCCCUUCCCAGGCGCCCUCAGAUACAGCCCCACCCACACUGGAGACCGCAUCCAGUUGUACUACUCAUUGUUCGGCACAGCGUCCAACAUCAAACUAGCACCCCCUAGGUGUGUGGAAGACAAAUUACCACAGUCUCAGAGACAGUUGAUUUAUAUAGGAGCUGUGACUCUGAGGGAGUACAAUAAGGGGAAAGAGGCCAACAGGACCAAAGAGGAAAUAGACUGUUGCAAUGGACAGGAAGAGGAGGAGCUACGGUUGGAUUCCAACGUGCUGAUUCGCUAUCGCAGGGGACCGGUCCGCACGGGACAGCCAAUAGGGAUUUCUGUGAACCUGAGGGACAAUUUCAGUGCAGAGUUUGUUGUUAUCCGACUGAAGGUGAAGACAGGCCUUUUGUCUCUGGUUGCCCAGCGCUCUCUGAACUCUGACCUCUGGGUUGUGAACCUGGAGAAAACGCAGGGCUCCAAACAUGACGUCAUCUCCAUCAUCUGCCACAAACUGGCGGGACACAUGGACAGUGACAGUCCCGCUGCUCUGCAGCAGGCUGCCUGUCUGUCAGUGGACGGCUUGCGAAGGAGUUUCGGGGUUGCCAUGACUGUGUCGGCCAGCUGGUGGGUGGAGUACUCAGGCCGUAAUAACCCUCCGACACCACGCGGCGGAGUAGUGAGCAGCUUCUCCUUCACUGACAGAGAGAUAGCGGGCAUCUCUCCCAUAACUGAGAGUGGCAUGAUCAUCAACACGGCCAUCUUGACCAGCGAGCCCGUGUCACUUCCUGUCAUUGUGCUGGCAGUGGGGCAUGAUGGGAAGGUGUCUGAUAUCACCGCAGCGGUGAAGUGUCAGUCGUCCAACGAUGAUAUCAUCAAGGUGUCAAGCGAUUGCUCAACCCUCUUCGUCGACGGAAGUGAAUCAGGAGUGGGCAGCACCUGCGUCGGGGUGGAGUUUCUCCUGGGCACGCUCAGUGGUUCCCUAUGUCUGUCGGUGUGGGCUCCUGUCGUCCCGCUGCGCGUCUCACUGUCCGAUAACGAGCUGAGCGCCAUCGAUGGCUGGAACCACUACACGGAGAACGGCUGUUCUCCAGUGUAUCAGAGGUCCACGGUUCAGGUUCUGACCCAGUUCAGUGCUCAGGGGGGCCAGGGGCAGCUGACCUACCUGCUGGGCUCCGCUGAUUGGUUUGUGGAUGCCACAGAGUUGGUCCGUAAUUGGCUGAGGGUAGAGAAUCCACGUGUGGCGGUCCUCGACAAGCAGAGCAAUCUGAUUGGCCUACACCCAGGGAAAACUUCAGUUCGUGUCAUAUCAAGCCAAUGGGACGGUGUGCUGGGUAGCUGUGAUGUCACUGUGACCUCUGAACCCGUGAACCCUGGUGACCUCUCAGUGCAGGUUGUGGGAGGACUCGGUAUGUCAAUCAAAGCAAGCCCUGCCCACCCUGCUGUUGUCACAGCAACAGUGACCGCAUACAACAUUCUCUACAACCAUGGGCAGGAAGCGUCCAUCAGUGUCUGGCUCCAGUUCAGUGAUGAUAGCGCCACUUUGCUCUCCGCCUUCAGCCUUGGUACCUUCGCCCUGCGCCUCUCCUCAUUGGCAGAGACCGUGGUCGCCGUGACGCCCGGCCCGUCUUUGCGCGUCGUAGCCCAGGGCGAAGGGGGCGGGCCUUUACUGAAAGCAGAACUCCUGGUCACCACCUGCAAGCCAAUGGCGAACUCCGUCGACGGGGACCUGGCCAAUCCGAAGGAAGGAAGCGGGACCAGGAGGCUGGCUAAAGGAUCUGGUUGGAUCAGGGUGAACCUGGACUCUGACCUUCGUCCAAUGGGGAGCGAGGAGGCGAACUUGGAGCUGCUCAACAUUUCGGACAUGUUGAUGGAGUCAUCUGACAGGGAUGUUCAGUACAGCAACUUCCCGGACAAUGACAUCAUCAUAGGGAACGUCACUGCCGUCAGCGGCGACGACUACUAUGACAAGACCGGCGAUGGGAUGAUCGCCAGGAACAACCUGGAGAGAGCGGUGUUGACCCCGAAUCAUGAAGAGAGCGCGGUGUACUUCUCUCCCGGGGUGGAGCGAGAGAGGGAGGAGAAACUGGAGGAUAAAGAGAUGGUGGGUUUCGGGGCAGUUCUCUCCCUCCUCUGCCUCGCCGCACUCCUCUUCCUGGUGAAUUGUCUGCCCUGCGCUUUGAGGGAGAGGAGGAAGAGGAAGGACAUGAACGUGGAGGGGGUGGAGGGAGUGGUGGAGGAAGAGUGGGAGGAAGGAGAAGAGGAGGCGAAGGAGGAGGCAAAGGAGGUUGCAGAAAAGAACGAGAAAAUAACAUCAUACCCCAGGGUAAUAUCACUUCAUGAGACUACUACAGACGAGAUCGAGAAAAUAACAUCAUACCCCAGGGUAAUAUCACUUCAUGAGACUACUACAGACGAGAACGAGAAAAUAACAUCAUACCCCAGGGUAAUAUCACUUCAUGAGACUACUACAGACGAGAACGAGAAAAUAACAUCAUACCCCAGGGUAAUAUCACUUCAUGAGACUACUACAGACGAGAACGAGAAAAUAACAUCAUACCCCAGGGUAAUAUCACUUCAUGAGACUACUACAGACGAGAACGAGAAAAUAACAUCAUACCCCAGGGUAAUAUCACUUCAUGAGACUACUACAGACGAGAACGAGAAAAUAACAUCAUACCCCAGGGUAAUAUCACUUCAUGAGACUACUACAGACGAGAAUGACGGGCAGUCAGAUCAAAGCAUGGACCAUUAAGGCUGCAUCCGAAUAGGCACCCUAAUCCCUUUUAAGAGCCCUGGUCAAAAGUAGUGUACUAUGUAGGGAAUACGGUGCCCUUUUAUUCAGGAGAGAAAGGUUGUUGAUAAAAAUCAACAUUCUUAGGACAAUUGACUAUAUAUUCCUGUCACUGUGUCACCAACAAUGUUUCUUCAUGUCUUACAAGGUCGUCUUCGUAUAGGCUAGUCUUUUUCUCAGUUGUUUCUUUCUGAAUGUUUGUCUAUCACACAUAUACACUAACUAUCCAUCAAAUAUGUGUGCAGAAACGAUGCACGUACACGACUGUACAUAUCUGUCAUAUUUCUUCUAUUGGUAUUAUUUCACAUUCAUCCAUGUACAAUUUGCAGUCAUAUCAUCAAAUCAAAUUUAUAUAUAUAGCCCUUCGUACAUCAGCUGAUAUCUCAAAGUGCUGUACAGAAACCCAGCCUAAAACCCCAAACAGCAAGCAAUGCAGGUGUAGAAGCAAGGUGGCUAGGAAAAACUCCCUAGAAAGGCCAAAACCUAGGAAGAAACCUAGAGAGGAACCAGGCUAUGUGGGGUGGCCAGUCCUCUUCUGGCUGUGCCGGGUGGAGAUUAUAACAGAACAUGGCCAAGAUGUUCAAAUGUUCAUAAAUGACCAGCAUGGUCGAAUAACAAUAAGGCAGAACAGUUGAAACUGGAGCAGCAGCACGGUCAGGUGGACUGGGGACAGCAAGGAGUCAUCAUGUCAGGUAGUCCUGGGGCAUAUCUUUUCGAUUUAGGACUCAAUGCAAUCCGUAUCCGCUGAAGUUUAAAGGCAAUGUUCCCACGUUAGCAGAGACUGAAUUCACUCACGGUAAACGCUGAACUUCGGUGAUAUGGAUUGAAUCAAGCCCUUAGGCCUAUUGAUGGAAUAGUAUAGGGGUUGAAAAAUUCUGGUAAUUUUCCCAUAAUUCCCUGCCGGGAUGACUCCAAGUUGGUCGAUUCCCACAUGGUUAUUCCCUCUUGAUUCCAGAGAUUCUCCAACUGGGAUUUUUGUAAGAACUGUGAAUUUAGGGCAUGUUACCGUAAUUUGCAACCCAAGUCCUGCACAAUCUAGUUUUCUGGUUGAUCUCCUAAUCAACCAAGCGGAAAACCCACUUGUAAAUAGACAUUAUAGAAUAACUCAUGUGAAACAUGUUAUUCUCCUGCUUGGCAAAGGUUGUCAAUGAAUUUAAAAUGAUUUCCGAACAAUUUAAAUAUUUCUUUUUGUAUUUGAUUUAGUGAUAAUUAGGAAAAAGUUUGAUUACUUGAUCAACUUUUUAUUUUAUUUUUUAUCUGGUCUAAUUUAUCAGUCAAUCUGUCCAGAGUUUGUGUUUGUAUACUGAUGUGAUUGUGCCUAGAGAUAUUUUGUCUGAUCUGACCAGACCUCCAGCUCUGUGUCUGUAGGAGAGCUGUCAUGUAUCCAGCUACCUCCAAUUGAUGCUGAAUGACACAGAGCACUCGGUUUCCUGGCAGUCUUCUCCAGCUAGUUCGACCCCAUGCCUGUUGUCUGCCUCAAGCUUCAGUCUCCAGGUGUUUCUUGGACUAUGGUCCUGACCAGUAGAGGUCACAAACAGUGCGAUUUCCCACUCCCAUGUUGCCACCUAGUGUGAAUUAAGAAGUGGCUCAAAUGUAAGGCUUUCACCUCAUAUGCGUGGAGUUGUAGGUUGGAUCCCAGGUAGAGCCUGUGGUUGUGUUGACACUCAUGAUUGAUGGACUGUGACAACUAAUGAGGGUUUCAUAUUUGAGGUUCCCCUUCCUAUGAACAGCAGUGGUGAUGGGGGGGAAACUUCUGGAAAGAGUAGAAACUUAGACACUUUUUUAUUUGUAUUUUUUAAAAUACUACUUUUUCCUUGGGUUUCCCUUCAUAACCGCCACUGGGGACUGUUCUGGAACCACAGGGGGAAUCCCAGGAUUUAACCGCCCCCGCUUAUUGCCUGCUUUCAGCCGACGCACCAAUUCCCAAUCUCUGUUUUGUUUUAACACCCCCCUCACCACUUUCCUCAGGCGGCCAGCGCCCUCCCUCUAAACCCACUCCAUGCCGGCAUACUAUCAGUGUUGGGAAAAGUACUCAAUUGUCAUACUUGAGUAAAAGUAAAGAUACCUUAAUAGAAAAUGACUCAAGUAAAAGUCACCCAGUAAAUUACUACUUGAGUAAAAGACUAAAAGUUUUUGGUUUUAAAUAUUCUUAAGUGCCAAAACUAUCAAUGAGAUCAAAUUCCUUAUAUAAAUGUUGUGGAAAUUCAACACAGGGACAUUCGAAGUCAAUAUUAGAUAAAUCACUCUUUAAUUGUCAGCAAGCUGGAGAGGUCACAGUCAAACUUAUAUGCACUUUAAAAUCUAAUUAGUAACUGAUCCAAGCACAGGCAGGGACCAAGCAUUAUUUAUGACAAAAAUAUGAACAUUUUCAAUGCUGUCCCUCCAGACUAUACAUUUCCUUCACAUAAGCAAACCCGAUGGCAUACAUUUGUAUUUAUGGCUAGACAGGGGCACACUCCAACACUCAUACGCCAUUUACAAAUAAAGCAUUUGUGUUUAGUGCGUCCGCCAGAUCAGAGGCAGUAGGGAUGACCAGGGAUGUUCUCUAGAUAAGUGUGUGAAUUGGACCAUUUUCCUGUCCUGCUAAGCGUUCAAAAUGUAACGAGUACUUUUGGGUGUCAGGGAAAAUGUAGAGUAAAUAAGUACAUCAUUUUCUUUCGGAAUGUAAAUAGUAAAAGUACAGAUACUCAACAAAAAAAAACACUAAAGUAUUUUGACUUAAGUACUUUACACCGCUGCAUACUACCUCAUUAGUUGCUUGGUGGGAGGCACCAGAAGGACCCUUUAAGACACUCCAGAGCUCUAAUAUCAAGUGUUUGACCCUCAUCAGACUUGCCAGUCUUAACUUUGCAUGAGUGAGGCUUUGAAACCCCAUUGUCAGUUUGGAACAUGUAUCAUAUUUUUGUUGAGUGUAUUCAUUUAUCUAGGUGUAUUGCACUAGUGUUUAAGAUGGGAAUGCAGUAGUUGAAACCUCACAUUCCUGUAGUCACUGAAGAAAUAGGACGGUCAAUUUGCCUUGGGCUUGAUGUGACUGACUGCUCGGGGAUUGAGUUCGCCACACCAGUCUGGCAAAAGCUCAUGUCAUAACAGUACGUGAUCAAUAUCAUAGAUCAGAGUUAUAUUUUUAUUAUAAAACUCACUGGAAAUGUUGGGAGCUUGCAGAUUGUGAUUCUGGACAGGACAUCUCUUUGAAACAAUUCAGUACAAGUCUAUAGCCUGUACCCACAUGUUAGGUAGGCUGUAUGCCUACAGUAGCCUUUAGGCCAGGAUCCCCCAACUGGUGCCCUAAACUAUUGCCCAUGCAUGGUUUUAUUUGGCUCCCCAAGUUUUCUGUGCAAAAAGAGAUUUUCAUUUUGGAAAUCUGUUCAAGUUAUUCCCACCCAUAAUAGAGAUGUGAUCGUAUACAAAAUGUAAGCAAUGUUUGAAAUGAUUGUUUUAGUUUUGAGCUUCUUGCGGUCAAUUUGCAGUCUAGAAAUGGUAUGAAAUUUGUUUUCUUCCCGCGGCUGAAUGUAGUUGAUGAUCCUGCUUUAGACCCCCGACUCCCCUUAAUAAAAAAAAUCAACCACGAAGCACUGCAUUUAUUGA